AUGGCAACUACAGGCAAUCUCCGAAAGAACGGCCAACAGCCCUCCUGCGAGCCCUGCCGCACCUCUAAGCUGCGAUGCGACCACGCAGUCCCCGUCUGCCAGCGCUGCAUUGCGCGCCAACGAACAGACCAAUGCAUCUACCACCCCUGCCCACUAACCAAACCGCGUGAAAAUAGACAAAGAAAAGCUCAAUCCAGACCCCAAAGGGCACGAAGGACAACUACCUCUAUUGAGAUCGAGCCAGACAAGCUCUACGACUGGACAAGCAAAGCCCCGUCCGUGCCAGCGCACAAAAGCAUAGCCCAGAACCAGACCCCCAACGAGGGCGAGGAAUCAUUUCCAUCGCUUAGUUUCCUAGGCCCAACAAGCCACUCGCGGGACUUUUUUGAGAAUCUCAAGCACUUUGGGCGCGAGUCGCCCACCGAUGGUAGCACUGCCGGUACUGCAGCGGUUGAUCCGCGCGAUGUGGAGGUCGGGGCGCAGAUCCUGGCCCUGCUUGAGUAUGCCUCGUUUUAUAGAGAGCUGCUUGAUCGCCGGUUUGAACUGUAUCAUGGGAUGUACUUCGGUCCGCCACUUGCCUGGGAGGUGUUGGCUAGAUUGAAGGGGCUGUAUCAGGAAUGUAUUCGCGGUUCGACUGGUGCCGGAAGACAAGGACGACUCCUGGAGUGGUCGAGGAGUAUAUUCCAGAACACUGCAACAGCGAUUGAGACGCAUCCUGAGAUGACGUUGAAAGAGUACGUGGACGUUAUCGCGCCGAGAUGGGACACGAUCGGAACGCUGCUUGGGUUUGUUGGAAGGGCCACGUAUCAAAUCAGCCCAAAUGAAGCAGUGCUCCGUCAAGAGGGCAUGCCGGGAAAAGACAAGGAAGGGUUUCGCAAGAUCAGCCUGGCAGCACUGGAUAUGUGUUUGCAGUUUAGCCAUAACCUGGGGAUAACGAGCGAUCCUUUGGCCUGGGCGACAAUCCUGCUUACCACGUUCCUGGCUGAUAUGCAUGGGCCUACAGACUCUCGAGCAUCCAAAGCAGACGGUGAUGUCGCUACCAUCAUAUUCGCUCUUGGGCUGCACCAAGGGAAAGUCGACGAGCGAGCGCCGUUCUUUCUCUCCGAAAUCCGCAGUAGAGCCAUUGUGGCUGCAUACUUCAACGACAAGGAACUGGCGACCUUUCUUGGGCGCCCUCCGCGUAUCUGCCGUCGUUACUGUAACCUGCAGCCUCCGGUAGAUCUGGCCUGGGAGGACGUGGUUGCCGACGCCCCAGUCCGCGACGCUGCACUCCAACGUCUAAGUCCAGAUGGAUGGGACAUGCAAGAAGGCUCAGGGGGCGAAAGCUCGAAAGCAAGGGUUCUCCUCCUCAUGAGCAUCCUCAGAGAGAUGAUACUGGAGGUGUCCCUUUGCUACAACAUAGACGAUUUGCAAGGGAUGGUCAAGAAGAUACGCCAGGAAGCAAAUGAGCUGCGAGUAGGCCUCCCAACGUUCCUCCAGUGGUCUCCUGAGACAGGGAACACGCAGCCUGCAGCAGCGUCUCUGCAUCUCGAGUUCCUCUUCCAGGAGCUGCUCCUCUCUCAAACCGUUGCGAAACGAACGGGUGAGGCCACGGACUCAUGCAUCGACGCCUCCCGUCAGAUAAUCAGCCACAUCUUAAAUAUAAUCUCGAAGCAGGUCCGGCUGGGCAGUGUUGACUAUCUGACGUGCAAUGAUCUCUCGUACAUCGGGCUCCCAGCAGCCGGAGUCCUAUCAAAGGAACUCCUCCGCCAGUCCCACACCCACAGCAUAAGCCCUUCUUUCCCCCGCGCCGAGGUAAUCCAGAACCUAACUAUAUUCGCCGCACACCUGGAGACAUUCUUCCCAGAUCGAGAAGGGGAUCACGAAACACGCACGAGAGGACUCUGGUUCAUCCGCUCUGUGCUUGACGCUGUUCUCUCCCCGCAGAAUACUGGCACCGUUAGUAUCAGCCAGCCAGAGAGCUCCAAUGAUUUGAUCCCUGCCGUUCAGCUGCCUGGUCCGCCAGUUACAACUGCACAGCCUGAGCCCCAUGCCCUGGAUGAGCGGGAGCUGGAUUUUGCGGCGCUGUGGGAGGAUAUUGAUUUCGAUUGGGAUGGGGAUAGGAGGGUUUUUCUUAGCUAG